UCAACAAAUGGCACCUGUUCGGCUGAGGGGAGAGUCGAAAGACCACGGAAGCGCUGUGUCCUGGUUGGCUCAAAACUGCGGCCCGACCGCCUCAAGGCACCGGGAGCCUCGCAGCGCGCUCGCUUGGCAACUUUCCAGAGAAGUGAAGCAUUAUCGGGUCGACCGGAACAGGUGUCGCGGACAAACUGCGCCCCUAUUUUAAGGUUAAGCGGCGGCGUUUUUGAAGAGCAGCCUUUGGAGCAACACCCUUUCUGAAACAUGCGGCUGUUUCCACGCCGGCGUAUGUCUCCUCUGAAACUGGUCCUCCUUGGGGGGACUCUGUUCAUGGUGGCCCUAGUGGUUCUCCAGAGGGAUGUUGGCUCCUCGCCUGUUGGGGACCCCUGGUUUCAGGAGCUGGUGGACAAGAAGGACAAGGUGAUGGUCAUGGUCCGAGAGGCAGUCAACAACAUUGGUUUCCAGAUCGGAGCUCCGCAGCCACCAUCGGUACAGGAGCAGCCCACCCAGGACUCCAACUGCCCCACUGGCUUCUACACACAGGCUGAACUCAAGCCUCACCUGGCGAGACCCCCGCAGGACCUCAAUGGCCCCGGGGCUGAUGGGAAGGCAUUUCAAAAAGACCAUAUGACCCAAGAGGAGGAGAGGGAGAAGGAGGAGGGUAUGACACGGCACUGUUUCAACCAGUUUGCCAGUGACCGUAUCUCAAUCAGCCGCAGUCUUGGGGAUGACACGAGGCCUCCAGAGUGUGUGGAGAGGAAGUUUCGUCACUGUCCUCCUCUGCCCACCACCAGCGUUAUUAUAGUCUUUCACAAUGAGGCUUGGUCCACCCUCCUCAGGACGGUCUACAGUGUUCUGCACACAUCUCCUGCUAUCCUGCUCAAAGAGAUCAUCUUGGUAGAUGACGCCAGUACUGCAGAGCACCUGAAAAUCCAGCUGGAGGAGUUUGUGCGUCAGCUGAAGAUCGUCCGUGUAGUGAGGCAGCUGGAAAGGAAGGGCCUCAUCACAGCCAGGCUGCUGGGUGCCAGUAUCGCUCAGGGAGAGAUUCUCACCUUUCUCGACGCACACUGUGAGUGUUUCCAUGGUUGGCUAGAGCCCCUGUUAGCCCGCAUUGUUGAAGAACCAACUGCUGUGGUUAGUCCAGAGAUCAGCACCAUUGACCUCAACACCUUUCAGUUCAAUAAGCCUGUGGCCACCAACCGCGCUUUCAACCGAGGUAACUUUGACUGGAGCUUGACUUUUGGCUGGGAGUCAAUCCCCGAGGAUGCGAAAAAACUGCGCAAAGAUGAAACCUACCCUGUAAAAACACCGACUUUUGCCGGAGGUCUCUUCUCAAUCUCAAAGAAGUACUUUGAACACAUUGGAACAUACGAUGACAAGAUGGAGAUCUGGGGUGGUGAAAAUGUUGAGAUGUCAUUUAGGGUGUGGCAGUGUGGGGGUCAGCUAGAGAUCAUCCCUUGUUCUGUGGUGGGCCAUGUCUUCCGCACCAAGAGCCCCCAUACCUUCCCCAAAGGCACAGAGGUCAUCACUCGCAACCAGGUGCGCCUGGCUGAAGUCUGGAUGGAUGACUACAAGAAUAUCUACUAUCGGCGCAACAAGAAUGCUGCAGUUAUGGCCAGUGAGAAUAAAUACGGGGACAUCUCCGAUCGUUUGAAACUAAGAGAGAGGCUGCAGUGCAAGAACUUCACCUGGUACUUAAACACAAUCUACCCAGAGGCCUUUGUUCCAGACUUAACACCAGAAAAAUAUGGAGCUAUUCGAAACUCCGGAUCUCUCACCUGUCUGGAUGUUGGAGAGAGCAACCAGGGAGGUAAACCUCUGAUCAUGUACCAGUGUCACAACAUGGGAGGCAACCAGUACUUUGAAUACACAACUCAUAAGGAGCUGCGUCAUAACAUUGGAAAGCAGCUGUGUCUUCAUGCAACUCCCCAGCCAGAGCAAGUGAAGAUCGAGCUAUGCCAGCUGAAGGGGAAGGGCACCAGUUUGGCACCACAGCAGGAGUGGGUCUUUACCGAGGAAAAUCUUCUGAAGAAUCCCAGCAGUGGGAAAUGUUUACGGCUGAAAGAAGGCCAGAUACAGAUGGACCACUGUGAUGCUGCUGAUGUCUACCAGCGCUGGAGUUUCAGCUGACCUCCCAGUAUGCCCAUCAGGUGACCUCUGGCACUGUGUGCCCCCUUCCUCAGACUCAGCUCUGAGGAGCCAACUCUACAUUCAAGUAGGACUUCAUGGUGUGGAGCUUGGGACAUUUAGCCAUAUUGAGUGGAUAAAGAUGGAGGACAAUGCAAAGGCAGUCACAUCUGAUGAAGACACUCAGCUUAACCUUAACUUGUUUUUACUUUAUUUAUCAUGGAAACUCAGGAAAGACAUUUGAGGGUGGUUGGGGAUAUCCAGAGUGUGGGCUUGGAGAAGUUGCAGCUUGACCAUGGGACUAUGGCUGAACUGUAAUGAUCUUAAUUCAGUGAAUUUACACUCCAACUUGGAAAAUCACUAUUUAGGGACCUUUUUUUUUCUUUUUUAAAUUAUUGGUGAAAUAUGACAAUAUGUGUAAGUUUACUAAAGAGUAAGAGAUGUUUGUUUUGUUUGUUUUUUUUAAUAUAAAUUCUACUUUUUUGUGUCAGAUAAAUGAUUUGUAUUAUAUAAAUGUUAUUUUU